AGUUGCGAUUAACAAACACGAAGCGCGAUUGAGGCCGCGCGUCAGAAAAGCGAGUAUCAUAAUGAGAAAUAAAGAUUAUAAAUUUACGAACAGUCGAGGAAAAAGAACGCGCUGAUUUACGAAUCUGACGAACUUCGUGAUAACGAACGUCUAUUGAUAAUACGCGGAGUAGCGAAGAUAAGCCUGGAAAAAUCUCUCGCUGCAAGUUUCUUUAUAAACCUAUAAGCAAGAGUGCGCAGACCGGUAACGCAAGGCACAGUCAUGUCCAGCCCGACGAUCUUCGAGAGUCCGGUGAACGUCGUCUCGGGAUUUCCCGAGGACAAGGCCGCCACGAGAAGCAGCGGUGGCAACAACCCCAAGCUCUUCUUCAGAAACGUCGUCUCGCGCGAGGAGGCCAAGACUCUGGCAAGGCAAGUGAUAUACCCCGACGCUGAGCUGGUGGACUUCUAUCUGCGACCCUACUCCGAGGAGAAGCUCGGCUUCCUCGGGACACACUUGUGUCUGAUUAUCGUGGCCAAGAAGCCAGGCUCCGAGGAAUGCGAGAGGCGAAGCUUCUUCGUGAAGACGAUCCCGAGAGAUGUGCCCGGUCAGCUGGCUUAUAUCGAGGAGAAGGGAGCUUUCAGGAAGGAAGUUGGGUUCUUCAAGCUGUUGGUUCCGCUGUUGAUGGAGGGAUACAAGGGCGAGCCCUGGGCACCGCCGUGUUAUCUGAUCAAGGAGGAUACGCUUGUCUUCGAGGACAUGACCUGCAGUGGAUUCGGGAACAGGCCAAGACUCUUCGACGAGCCCACGGCUAGGGCUGCUGUAGCCUCGCUUAGCCGCUUUCACGCCUCUUCCUUGCUCGCCGAGGAAAGAUCGAACGGCAAGCCCUUGAACCAACUGUACCCCUCCCUUUUCGAGGAAUCCGAAUACAAGGAUACCGAACGCAGCAGGGCUUGGUUCCUGAGCGCCAUCAACCUGAGCAUCUCCGUCGCCAAUGACCUGGGUCUGGACACGAGCAAUAUGCUGGAGGCCUGCAAACGCAUCUUCGACAUGGCCAUACCCUCGAAGACCAAACGCAACGUCGUGACCCACGGCGACCUCUGGAGCAGCAACCUGAUCUUCGACCCGGCUGACCGAUGCAUCAUCGUCGAUUUCCAGCUGCUGCGCUACUCACCUCUGGCUCAGGACCUAAUGCAGCUGAUCUACCUCAGCACCACGAGGGAGUUCAGAAGACAGCACGAGACGCAGCUGAUCAAGCACUACUACGAGUCGCUAGAGGCCGCUUUGAAGCUCAACGGAUUCAAGGGCCCAGUGCCGAGCUUCCAAGAGUUGAUGGAGGGUGUCGAGGAGCAGAGGUUUCCGAGUCUCGUGUCGGCUGUGAUAAACUUUCCCACGAUCAUGAUGGACGGGAAAAUCGGAGCCGAGAUUAUGAACGGGCUGGACGCGUACGAGUCGUACUUCUUCGUUAAUAGAAAGCCGUUCGUGGACAAGAUCGUGGCCCGCGAUCCCGAGUACGGAAGGAGGGUUGUCGAGGUGGUCAAGGAGCUCGCCGAGAUGGUGCAGAAGGUUGAGAGCCUGCCGCGACCCAAGUAAGCCAGAGUUCCGAGGUCGGAUUUGUAAGAUUAAUCAUGGAGAGUUUCACAGAGAAAUCAUGCAGCAAUAAAAUAAUUUUUAACAAACUUCAAGAUGCA